ACAACGGUUCACUCGGAGGCCUCAGCGGUCAUCAGUCUUCGCAAGGACCUCUUAACGUUAGCACGCGACCCGCAUUCCACAUUUUUCGUCUUCUUCUUUACCGUUUCAACUCGGGUACACAAAAACCGGCGUAGUUUAUCAAAAAGUUUUUUUUUCUCGGAAAUUUGAAAAAAGACACUUUUGUGACGACGCGAACUUUUCGCCGGCCCAAUGGAUACGCCCAGAUGAGAUUGUGCAGCGAUAUCAUCAGAAGUGAUGACAACUUUACAUGUGCUAGUGCACCGUACUUUUUAACUUUUAUUUUUGAAGUAUCAAGUAAAAUUCGUGCGUUGUAUACGAAGAUCGCAACAUGCCGAAGAUCUUUUUGAUCAAAGACCGGCUGCUCACGCAGCAGAAACGGCUCGAACAUGCCGAGGAUGAUCUCUUUAAGGAUAACUUGUUGGAUUUGGAUGAGGAACAACCUCUUCCGUUGAUCGUUGGAAAGAAAAUUGGAUUAUCAAGAGAUAACUCAUCGACUCCAGUACCUAAAAACUUAACAGCAGGAUGUUCAUCACAAUCAUCACAUGAUCCGUCAAAAGAUUGUCCUCCAAGACGUUUUGUUUCCUCGAUCCUUGGAGGAGAUGUUCCCUAUGGAAGCAAAUCCCAUAUACUAAGUAUAGAAGCCGAGGAAAAACUAACGUUGCCCUCGGAAAAGAAACCCUCCUCUAGAGAUGUACCUGGCCCCCCACAACAACAGCCGCCAGCAGUUCGCUGUUCGGUAAUCCAAAGAACCCCAAAGUCGAAAACCAAACAUGAAUCGGAUACGAAUGUAGAACUUCCGACGGCUUUUGCCGAACAGGAGCCGGAACAAGACCAACCGAUUGAUUACCACGUCCCGAAGAAGGAAGGUGAAGACGUGGACGAACGGGAAAAAAGAAAAUUGUGUAGUUCGAAGGUUAUUAAGCCGGUUUUGGCUGGGACAAGUUAUAGUUCGUAUCCGAUGACUUUGUCGGCGGUGGGCCAUGGAAGAAGUACUGGGACGAAUGGUGGUGGAAAUGGUGGACAAAAUGUUAAUAACACCUCAGGCGGUGGAGGUGGAGUUACGAUUAAUUUUGUUGGAGGAAUUUCAAAUGGGGGUGGUUCAUCUUCAGGGGGAGCUAUGGGAGGUGGAACUGGAGGUGGUGGCCCUGGAAGAGACGGCAGACAAAAUUACGGACCAAGUUCACCACCAACAGGGUCAUUACCACCUUUUUACGAAUCUUUAAAAGGUGGUAAUAGUAACAACGCUUAUAACAUAGGUAGUUUUACCGGAAAUAACAAUUACACCGUUGUUAAUGGUCCCCACGUUGACCAAGAUUUAAGUUUAAGUUUAUCAGAUGGGCAAAGUCCACCAAAACAAUACUCAACACUUCAAAACGCUUCUUAUAAUGGUUUAGCAAUGAAAAACGAAGUCGAUAUAGACUUAUAUGAAUCAAAAAUUGAUUCAAUGGGAAAUUUUAUGCAACCUGCUUAUGGAAAUUACGACGACAGUGUUAUGGUUGAUAUGGGAAGUGGAGUUGAUCCCUUACAGUUAUCAGCGACGUUAACACUUAACGGAACCGCCGAAAACGCAUUUUUAGAAAGCUUAUCGGAAGCAAAUGACCUUUCGACGUUCCUUCAAAGACUUCCCAACGAUGAAAUAGAAAACAACGAACUCUUAAACGGAGACAACCUCCAAAACGUUGAGACGAUGUCCUCGUUUUCGGAUCAUAUUUUAAAUCGGAAUUACGAUAACCAAAACCGGUUUCAGCAGCAACAACAGCAACAACAACAAUCGAAUCAACAACAGCAACAUCAAUUUCAGAAAAUUUAUUCAGACGGUCUUCCUUCUUAUUCGAAUUUAAACAACGAAGCUUUACAAGUUCAAGUUCAGAUGCAAUCUCAAAGUUUACUUUCACCCGGAUUGAGUUUUAAUGGUAAUGGAAUCGAAUUGGAUUCGUCGUCAACCAUGUCUUUACCAUCGCCCGGUGCUGGAAGUAGUUCUUUGGAUGGGAUGCCACACAAUGACAACAGUUCACCAGGAUCUAACGUGAGUGCUCGACAAGAUUCCUCCGGAGAUGAGUGUCCUAGUAUACGAGGAAGCGUUAACGUUUUACAAAAAAGGCUUGGUUUACCAGCUGAAGUCCAAAUUGAGUUCGUAAAUGGCGGUCAUGGUAUUAAAAAUCCGUUGGCAAAUCAAGAAACGGUUCGACAAGGUGCCAGAACCGAAGAUAAAGCUAAAGUAGCAGCGAUAACCACGGAAGAUGGAUCAUCACAGUUCUGUUGUAGAGUUUGCAACAAAGUAUUCGCGUUGCAAAGGUUGCUCAACCGACAUAUGAAGUGUCACUCGGACAUCAAAAGGUAUCUCUGUACCUUUUGUGGAAAAGGAUUUAACGAUACUUUUGAUUUAAAACGACACACACGAACACAUACAGGUGUAAGACCUUAUAAAUGUAGUCUCUGUGAAAAAUCAUUUACACAACGAUGUUCCUUGGAAUCGCACUGUUUAAAAGUGCACGGAGUUCAACACCAGUACGCUUACAAAGAACGAAGAACGAAAGUGUACGUGUGCGAAGAGUGCGGACACACGACCAGCGAACCGGAAGUCCAUUACCUUCAUUUAAAAGAUAAACACCCGUACAGCCCAGCGUUGUUAAAAUUCUAUGAUAAACGUCAUUUCAAAUUUACGAAUUCGAAUUUUGCUAACAUGCUGCUACAAGUACGUACAUAGAAACCGUUUUUUAAAGAAUGUUCCCUUAAUUUUUAUUUUUUGGGGAUAUUUUUUAUUUCUUUUCUGAUUCAAAAAUGGGGUUUGUUUUAUGACUUUUUG